AUAUAACGAAGCAAGUUCUUGUAAUUACAGUACAGUGGGCGGAGUUGUAAAUUAUGGCUGAAGGAAAGAUUGCAAUUGCUAAAGAUGUUACUGAAUUGAUUGGAAACACACCUUUGGUGUAUCUGAACAGUGUUGUGGAAGGAUGUGCUGGGCGUGUUGCGGCUAAACUCGAAAUGAUGGAACCUUGUUCUAGUGUUAAAGACAGGAUUGGUUAUAGUAUGAUCACAGAUGCCGAGGCUAAGGGGCUCAUUACACCAGGACAGAGUGUCCUUAUCGAACCAACAAGUGGUAACACCGGCAUUGGACUAGCCUUCAUGGCUGCAGCAAAGGGUUACAAGCUGAUCAUCACCAUGCCUGCUUCCAUGAGUCUGGAGAGACGAAUCAUUCUCCGUGCUUUUGGUGCUGAGCUGGUCCUUACUGACCCUGCCAAAGGAAUGAAAGGUGCUGUUGCAAAGGCCGAGGAAAUAAUGGCCAAAACACCAAAUUCUUACAUUCUUCAGCAAUUUGAGAACCCUGCCAAUCCAAAGAUCCAUUACGAAACAACUGGACCAGAACUUUGGAAAGGUUCAGAUGGGAAAAUUGAUGCUUUUGUUUCUGGCAUUGGCACUGGCGGUACGAUCACAGGUGCAGGGAAAUAUCUUAAAGAGCAAAACCCUAACAUAAAGCUUAUUGGUGUUGAGCCUACUGAAAGUCCUAUUCUAUCUGGAGGAAAGCCCGGCCCUCAUAAAAUCCAAGGGAUUGGUGCUGGCUUUAUUCCCGGUGUUUUGGAAGUUGAUCUUAUUGAUGAAGUUGUUCAGGUAUCAAGUGAUGAAGCCAUCGAAACAGCAAAGCUUCUUGCCCUUAAAGAAGGAUUACUGGUAGGAAUAUCAUCUGGUGCUGCAGCUGCAGCUGCAAUCAAGAUUGCUAAGAGGCCGGAGAAUGCUGGGAAGCUGAUUGUGGUCAUCUUCCCAAGUUUUGGAGAGCGAUACUUGUCUUCUGUACUGUUUGAGUCAGUGCGAAAAGAGGCUGAGAAUAUGACCUUUGAGCCUUGAACGAGGGGAGAUAUUGGCUUUUUUUCUGCCUACCAAGAGAAUCCAUGUCAACUUAUUUGAAGUUAAUCUGUAAUUGAUGUUGUUUUUCUUUUCAUGGCUUUUUGCAACAUGAUGUUCUCAAAGGUUAUAUCAUGUCUAUGAUCUCCUUUUUUUCUAAAA